GUCUUUCAUCAUCGCAACCAAGGUUCACGCUCGCUGAGCCACCUCGCUACCACUGGCACAUUCUUUGUAGAGCACACGCUCGAGCUUCUAUUACUAUCACCACCAGCUAUCACGCACACGCUGCACCGACCACAACGUGGAUACCUCGCACUCCUGCCGUAACGCAACUUCGUCGCAUCCGCAAUCAUGAACGGCAUUAAGCCAGAGGUCAAGGAAGAGCCUGGCGUCGGCUUCAUGGACGAUGACUUCUACGAGGAUACGGGCGAGAUGUCCAUCAACAAGGACAACCCACAGCAAGACGUCUGGCUCACGCGCAUUCCAGACUGGCUCUACGAGGCAGUCUCCAAGUGGGAAGACAUUGCCGACGGCAACGACAACGACCAGAUUCAGAUCGGAGAGGUGUGCGCUUUCGCGACAACGAGCGGCAUCGACAAGGACAAGCCUAUGCGCGUCUUCCUCAAUGACCGUUGGCGUGCAAAGUCCAACCUUCCCUCGGCCUUCCAGUUGGACCCUGCAGCCGCCUCCGAUGUUCAGCUAGGCAACACAUACGUGUUUACAGAGAAGGAUCUGCCGGGAUUCAAGGGACAACAAGGCUACGGCUAUGGCAGAGGCCAACAGGGAAGCUUUGGUGGUGUACAAGAUCCGAAUGCGCGUGUUCAGAAACGAAGCAAAUACAAGAAGGCAAUUCCCAAGCAGACUGCGCUCGUCGGUCACGCGACACGGCAGUACAACGCGAACCCUCUCGAGACCAAGGAAUUCAAGGACUUCAGUGCCGCGCGCAUCAAGCAAGCCAUUCAAGGCUCCCACACAACCACCAUCAUCACAAAAGACACCGAAGUCUCAGACGUCAACAACUCCAUUACACUCAACAACCGCUUCAAGAACUUCAUCAAGCCUACGACCAAGGCGAAAUCGCAACAGAACAAGGCUGCUCGUAUGGCUCGUUCCGACCUUAUCGAUGUACUUCACCAGUUGUUCGACGAGUACCAGUACUGGCCUAUGAAAGCCAUCAAGCAACGGACCAAGCAGCCGGAGCAGUACCUCAAGGAAGUUCUUAGCGACAUUGCGCUCCUCGUCAAAUCUGGGCCGUUUGCAAGCAACUGGAAACGCCAGGCUGUAUUCGACAACCAGCGAGACACUAGUAAACAAGCAGAGGCAGCUGCACCUGAGGGCCCGGGUGAUGGAGAUACCGAGGGAGAGGAUGAAAUGGAGGACGUAGUUUAGAAGACCACAGAACGUUGCUGUGUGAUUUAGAUACCCGGCAGAAGUGUACAUCAUUUUGCGUUCUGUUAACCUGUUAAAAUAAUACACUGGGGAUACCUUUAGGGUAAAUUGUCCAAGUAACUGUUCAUCCGUAUACAGCAUCUAUCCAGAUACGAAGAAGCUUU